AUGGUGCGCGUGGCGGUGGUGGGCUGCGCCCACGGAAUGCUGGAUGACAUUUAUGCGACCGUCAACUUUGUCAAUGAGAUGGACCCGGAGAACCCCGUAGAGCUGCUGCUAUGCUGCGGUGAUUUCGAGUGCAUGCGCAACAUGCGGGACCUGGAGACGCUGGCGUGUCCGCCCAAGUACCGUGCGCUGCACGCCUUCCAUCGCUAUUAUAAACAGGAGAAGACAGCUCCAGUGCUCACCGUAUUUGUUGGUGGUAACCAUGAAGCCUCGGGGUACCUGAAGGAGCUGCACUACGGCGGAUGGGUGGCCCCGAACAUGUUUUAUCUUGGGGCAGCAGGAGUCAUCAACGUGGCCGAACUACGUAUCGCUGGACUGUCGGGUAUUUACAAGCAACAGCACUACACAGCAGGUCGCUUCGAAUCCAUGCCAUUUGACAACAAUACUAUGCGUAGUGUGUACCACGUCCGCGAGCUUGAGGUUUUCCAGCUCUCACACGUGCAGCAGGUGGACAAGACGCCACUGGGCGUGUUCCUUUCGCACGACUGGCCAAGGGGGAUUGAGCAGUACGGUAAUGUGUUGCAAUUGCUGCGCCGCAAGCCCUUCUUUGAGCAGGAGGUCAGAACCAACACACUGGGCAGUCCUGCCGGCGAGUUCCUGAUGUAUCAGCUGCGCCCGCAAUACUGGUUUGCUGCACACUUGCAUGUCAAGUUUGCUGCCAUCGUCUUCUUGGCGCUUGAUAAGUGCCUUCCUCCCCAAUCCGACGAUGCUGCCAAGACACAAUUUGAUCUUGAGUGGCUUGCUAUCUUACGCGCGACGCACCACCUUGCUUCGUCCAGCAAGUUUGCACCACGCGUACCUCAGGAGGAAAUGAAAAUCGAAGACAAGGACAUUGCAUGGGUAAAGCAGCGUUUGCAGGAGUUUGUUUCGGAGAAGAAGCUUGACAAGAUAGAUGGCGAGUGGAUCACGGACUUUGUGAAGACCGCACCAGGCCACGGUGAAGAGGAAGGACCCGUGUUGGUGACGGGGAAUCCUCAAACUGAUCUUCUUCUGGAGCUGUUGAAGCUUCCGCACGUUGUGACCGCACCGUUUGUUACACCACCUGCGGAUCCGUGCGAAAUCGACCUUGACCUUUAA